AGUCAAUGGAUAGAAACUGUUGGGAAAUAUAUCACUGAUGAAGAACAUAGACUUUCACAGUUAAAGUCAACAAUCAAUGAAUUAAAGCGAUUUAAUCAAUUGUCAGUCAAUGAUACCGAUGCAUACCUAUCACAUCCGAUAAACAUAUAUCUACUAAUCAAACGAUUGGCCACUGAAUGGCCACAAGUAGGCAAACUACUGGAUCAGUCGACACACAAUAAGCUCCGGUUACGAGUGAAUCCAAUUGAAAACAAUGAAUUGACUGAAGCGGCCAAAGGUUUGCUAAAUUUGGUAAAUACUUACCAACUGGACAUACAGGCGCUGGCAAACGGUUCGGUACAGUUCUGGUCAGUCUCGGAGGGCCGAGAGAUAAUAAUCCAGCCGUCAGAUGACACACACCGGCUAACGGCUGCCGACUGUUAUCUGAUUGGAAAACAAACACUUAUUGAGGAUUACUAUGAAAGUGCUAUUCAAUGGUUCAAUGAGACAAUUAAACGGUCAGAUAAUAGUACAUCCGAUAUGUUGUUUAAAUCGGAAUUAGCUAAACAUAUGGCACUGGCCUACUAUAGACUGGGAGAUCAUAAUCCAUCGGACACACAUCGGCUAACGGCUGCCGACUGUUAUCUGAUUGGAAAACAAGCACUUAUUGCGGGUCACAAUCAAAGUGCCAAACAAUGGUUUGACGAGACUAUUAAACGGACAGUUAAUGACAACAUAACGGAUAAUAAGUUGUUUUUUGAGUCGAUAGUAGCUAAACAUAUGGCACUGACAUACUAUAGACUGGGAGAUUAUAAUCAAAGUGUUCAUUAUAUAAAUGAAUCCAACAAUGCAUUAGUCAAUGACUACCAGAGCGAUACAGAGUUUCAGUUUAACAAACUAUUUGUUGAACUAAUGACUAAUAGCUAUUUAUUUAGCAAUAUAUCAACUAAUCAAUUGUCGGAAAAACAACGACAACAACAACAAACAUCCCGUUUGAAUGAUAUAUCGCAACAAUUGUGUCGCGGAGUAGUAGUAGUCAACAAACAUCGGAAUCGGACAGUAAUGGAGUCGCGAUUGAAAUGUCAUUAUUUGGAUACAACUAACCGGCCGUUACUACGGCUAAUACGAGUAAAAGUUGAACAAUUGUAUGACAAACCAGACAUUGUAAUGUUUCAUGACAUACACGGCCGCCGGGAAAUAGCCGUAAUGAAACAGUUGGCCAACAAACGACUGACCAGAUUAAAGAUCAGACGAAAUAAUACGGAAAAUAUAGUAUCCGAUAUACGGAUAGCUGAGGGUUGUUGGCUAAAAGAUACGGAUCAUCCGGUAGUCGAUAGACUAAGCAAACGUAUCGGUGCUAUCACUGGACUGGACACCUGUAGAGGCGAUAGCUUUAAUGUUAUCAAAUACAGAAUCGGCGGACACUAUCGCUAUCAUAACGAUGUUGGCUAUAGUGGCCAACGGCUGGGUCGGGAAACCUAUGCCAAUACUAUCAAUCGUAUGGCCACAUGGAUCAGCUAUCUGAGCGAUGUCCAGUCAGGAGGAGGAGGAGGAGGCGGUGCUACUGUUUUCCCCAAACUAGGUGUCCGGGUUGAGCCCAGACAAGGGUCGGCCGUAUUUUGGUAUAAUUUGAAAAGUUCCGGUUAUAUUGAUUUUGAUAUGCUUCACGGUGGUUGCCCGGUGCUUGUUGGCCCGGCCAAAUGGAUAGCCACCAAAUGGAUAGAUUAUGAGGAACAGGCGUUUCGUAAACCGUGUCUAUUAGAUAGACAAUCGUUAAAUUAUUUAUAA